AUUAUUUACAUUUGGGUCCUAAGAUUCUUAGAAAUAUCUCAACUAGCGGGAGCAUCAAUCAUCAAGCACUUUUUCUUAUAGUCUCACUUUUUAAGUUUUAGGAUCGAGUCGUCGGAGCUCUCCCCCAGCGCCGCCGCACCAAUGUCCACGACCACCGCAUCCGCCGCCGACUCUCCCUCCCGCCGCCUCCAAACGCCUACGCUCGACCGGGAGUCCGCGGCGCUGCUGCACUCGAUCUCCGAGCACGGCGGCUACGCCUACGUGAGCAUGGCGGCGCUGGCGGCCGGCGGCGACCUUCGCGCGGCGGAGGCAGCGCGCGAGAUGGCGUGGGAGCAGCUGCACUCGGGGCCGUGGCACUCGGUGCUGCCGGCGUGGCGCGACGCGUACUCGAUGGCGUGCCUCCACGUGGCGCGCCACCACUACGCCAACGGAGAGUUCAGGGAGGCGCUUAGGGUUUUGGAUUUGGGAAUCAUCAUGGGAGGGACGCUCCUCCGAAAGGAUUUGGACUCCGCCGUUGAGAAAGUGGCGGAAGAAACACGGAGGGGCGGCGCUAGGGUUUCCGAUUUGGGGAACUCCGAGCACCGACUCGUGGAUCGCGAGUUUAAUGUAGCAGAGGUGCUCCAACUUUUACCUAUGAAGUCACUUUCUUCGAAGCUUGUGGUGAAGAAAUCAGAGUUGUCGUUGGAGAAAUUCCUGAAGGAUCAUUACCUGUCUGGCUCCCCGGUUAUUAUCAGUGAUUGUAUGGCUCACUGGCCGGCCAAGAUGAAAUGGAAUAAUGAAGACUACUUGCUAAGUGUUGCUGGUGACCGCACGGUUCCGGUUGAGUAUACAAGAAAUCCCUACACACACACACACACACAAAGGGAGGAGAACAGGGUGGAGUGGAUUUUUGUUGGGAAAAACUAUCUAUGUACUGAGUGGAAGCAAGAGCUAAUUACAUUUUCAGAGUUUCUUCAGCGGAUAAAGUCUGAUGGAUGUUCUCCUGGUGGUCCUACAUAUCUUGCUCAGCAUCCAUUAUUUGAUCAGAUAAAUGAGCUUCGGAAAGAUAUCUUUAUUCCUGACUAUUGUUUUGCUGGUGGAGGGGAGCUACGAUCUCUCAAUGCUUGGUUUGGUCCAGCAGGAACAGUAACCCCAUUACAUCAUGAUCCACAUCAUAACAUACUAGCUCAGGUUGUUGGAAAAAAAUACAUUAGGCUUUACUCCUCAUCUUUUUCUGAGGAACUUUUUCCCUACUCUGGUACCAUGCUCAGCAACUCCAGCCAGGUUGAUUUAGAUGACAUAGAUGAAGGGAAGUUUCCCAAGGUGCAAGAGUUGGAAUUUGUAGACUGUAUUUUAGAGGAAGGCGAAAUGUUAUAUAUCCCACCAAAAUGGUGGCACUAUGUGCGGUCUUUGACUACCAGUUUAUCGGUUAGCUUUUGGUGGAGUGAGGGUGAAAGUUCGGAUACAUCCUAAUGUUGUAUCAUCUUCAUCUUCAUCUUCAUCAUCAUGUUUACUUUUACUUUUCAUUCUUUCUUAAUGGAGAACUGAGCGUGUUCUAAGCUAAUGUCUGUGUGACGGGUCAUUUUACGUCCCAGUGACAGUAGUGCAUAAACAUCAUUUUUGGCAAUCGUUGUUACAAGCACGCCCUUUAAUUACUCAUCAUAAUGGUUUCCGAAUUUGAUUCUAA